AUGUGUCCGGAGCUUUUAGGGGAUCGCGUAGGAGCAGAGGCGGUGGAAAGCCAGCGCGCCAGCCUGUGGGCCUCGCAAACUGCCGACCGCCAACGCGCGCCUUGUGCGGCCAUGAGCGCGGCGGCUAGAGGCAACCCAACUGUCGCCUCGCACACGUCACACAGCUCCAUAUUCCCGCGGCCCUUCCACCUCCCGCAACAACCGCUGAUCGCGCCGCCGCACAUCUCGGCGCAGCACUUCCUCUAUCUCCAACAGCAGCAGCGCCGCCUGCAGCUCGUGCAAUCCCUUCCCAUUCCGCAACCCCUCCUCCACCAAUCCUCCGUCUCCGCCGGCUCCGCGGCCGCCGCCGUUCCUCCCGCGGUCUCCGAAGCGCGGCUGCCGGCGCCGGCGUACGACUAUGCGACCCACGGCGCGGUGAUGACGCCGGAGCAGGUGGAGUCGCUGCGGCGGCAGAUCUCGGUGUACAGCACCAUCUGCCAGCAGCUCGUCGCCAUGCACCAGGCGCUCACCGCGCAGCACGCGCACUUCACCGCAGCGGCGGCGGCAGCGGGGGUGCUGGGCCACCUGCCCUUCCCCUACGACCACUACGGCGUCGGCUCCGCCGCCAUCGCCGCUCACCCCAAGACGCGCCAGCGCUGGACGCCGCAACCGGCGCAGCUGCAGAUUCUCGAGAAGUACUUUUCGUUCUCCACGGGCACGCCGAAUAAGGCGCGCAUUCGGGAGAUCACGGCGGAGCUGCAGCAGCAUGGGCCUAUAUCGGAGACGAAUGUUUACAACUGGUUUCAGAACCGCAAGGCGCGGGCGAAGCGGAAGAACUCAAAUCUCGCGAAUGGGGGGAGUGGCGGCGGGGAGAAAGACGCGGGCGCAGGGGAAGCCGCGGGGACUGUUGCCGCGCAUGGGGCGGGGGGGAAGGGGAGCGCGGGGAACGGUUGGGGGAGCCAGGGGGAGAAGCGGCACAAGGGGGACUCGUCGGAGAGAGUAAAGGAUGUGAUUGGAGAGGGGGAAAUGGGCCUCGUGCGCAGCGGCAGUGUGGCGAGUUCAGGCGGGGGUGACGUCAGCAGGGACCCCGACGGGAGGGGCGGGCACGAGGCGGGCGAAGGCAGCCCCGGGGGAGUCAGCGCCGCGGGGGGAAGCGGUGGUGGGGCGGGAGGGGCCUUCGCGAACGGCGGGGAAGGUGGGGGGAACUACACCGCGGAGGGGCAGGAGCGGGGCGCAGGGUCGGGGGGGGAGGGCGCAGUGAGUAUGGGCGAGGCAACAGCGGGCGCGGGCGGUGCUGGGGAGGGAACGUUGAUGGACCGUCAGCAUGUGGCGGACGUUGUGGGGGUUGGCGCCAUGGCCGCAGGCGACGGCGCGAUUGCAGCAGCGCCUGUAGCGGAAGGGAGAUUGCCACAGUACGGUGGAGAGGGGUGCAGAGCGGCAGGGUUUGAGUCCGUUCAGAUGGAGACAGGCUUGUUGGGGGAUGCAGUCGCAGGAGAGGGUGCGCUGCAGCAGGUGGGCGCGCACAUACCAAGGCAGCAGCAGCGCCUCGAUGCGCCUGGAGAGGCGGCUUCGGCAGCACACGUGGACGCACACGUGGAUACCCACGUGGAUGCACACGUGGAUGCACACGUGCGCAUGGACGGAUGUGGGCCAAUGGACAUGCAGCAUGCACGGGCCGGGGACGGCGCACAUCUGGGCGGAAGCGGGGGGUUGACUGGCGCGCAUGCGCACAUGGAGGGGGAGGCGCAGAGCCACAUGCGCGCGCACAGCAGCGAGCACGUGCGCACGUGGGGCGCGCAUGGUGCAGGGGAGGGGGGUGAGUCGCGGGGGCAUGGCCUGGGCGGGCACGCACUGGCGGAAGCCCAGGGGGGCUUUCGGGAGCAGUGCAUUGAAGGGCGGAGUGCGGAGCAGGAGGGGGUUUCGAGAAGAUCAGGCGAUCACGUGCAGUCAGCGAGCCUGGCAGUCGCGCCAGCACCUGAAAACACACCUGGAGAAGCACCUGGGCAUGGCGACGGUGGAGUUGGGAGUCACGCGUUGGUGCAGGAGUCGCUAAGACCACAGGGUGAUGCGAGUGGGGGUUUGCUGCAUGAGAGUGAGGCAGGGGUUGGGGAACAGAGGGAGGUAGGGGCCGUGCAGUGUGGGCAGGCACAGGUGACAGUCCAGCAGGGGGGGCAAGAGGAGAGUAUGGCUGGGCAGCAGGAGGUGGAGCAGCGUGCGCAGGAGCUGCAGCAGCAGCAGCAGCAGCAACAGGGCGUGGAGCAUGACAGUGUCUUGGCUCCUCCGCUCGCCUGCACGCUUGCUGCUGUGCACACAGCAGAGAGCAGCGUGCAUGCACAGGGCGACAUGCAGCAGCAGCAGCAGCUGGCUGUCUCGCCUCCACAAGUGAUGGCGCCCCCACAGCAGCAGGGUGAGGAGGGUGGGCAGAUGGAAGGGCUGGAGGCUGGUGUUGUGGUGACAGGGCAAGACGGGCAAGCGGGGCUCAGUCCGGAUGCCGCCGGGGCAGCUGCUGGUAGCGCGGGCAGUGCUGGCAGUGGCAGUGCUGGUGCUGGCAUUCUGGAUAAUGCUGCUGCUGCUGCUGCUGCUGAAGCAACCGUUGCUGCUGGUGGCACUGCUGCAGCUGCUGCUGGUGGCACUGCUGCAGCUGCUGCAGCUGCUGCUGCUGCUGCUGCUGAUGGUGGUGGUGAGGCAGUGUUGGAUGGUGGUGAGAGUGCAGGUGCUGCGUUGGGUUUCAGUGGAGUGGGUGCAGUGGGCAUGGGCAGUGAGGUAGUGGCGGAGGUUCAGGAGCAGCAGCACAUGCUGAUAGACCAAACCAUGUUCCACCCACCUCCUCGUAACAGUUUUUUUCGUACGGAUGUCUGUUCUCCUUACUUCUUGCCCUCUUCCGUUUCUGUCGCUCCAGCUCCCCCGGAGGCGACGAGUGCGAUGCAGGUGAUGAUCAACGGCAAGCCGUGGGACGUGCCCAUUGGGCUGCUGGAUGUGCGCAACAGCUUUGGGGAGGGCGCCGUGAUAUUUGACGCACAGGGGUGUGCCGUGCCAACCAACGAGAUGGGCAUCACAUUGGAGCCUUUGCAGGAAGGCAGCAGCUACACCGUCCAGGGGUGA